GUUGUUGGUUCGCAUGCAAAACGUCAAAAUCGCAUAAGCUAAAACAUUUUUAUACCAACGGCGCGUUUUUAAUUUUUUCUACACUUUAAGAAUAUAUAGAGAAAAAGCAAAACAAAAAGACAAAAAACCAAAAAGCUAAUACAACUUUUCGCCCAAUAUUUGUUGUUUUCUAAAUCACAAAUACCUAUAGAUAUAUAUAAACAUAUAUAUUUGUAUAUGUAUAUAACUAAAUCAACGCGUGUAUAUAACAUACAAAAUCUCAAAAAUUUUCAAAUAAUAAAAAAAGGUUGAUGUUAAAUACCUGUAAUCCAAAAUGCAUGUCAAGCCGUCCUCUAUACAAAGAAAAUAUUAUAAAAUAUGUAACUAACUCUAAAAGGAAAACUUCUUUAAUAAUAAUACACAUUACAUUAAAUGCCUCUCGCUAAACGAGUGGAAAUUUGGAAAAUGAUCGCUCUGUCGUUGGCUCACCUUCUGCUCGCGCGUGUCAAAUAAAGCAUAGGGGAAAAAUAAAAGAAAAUAUAAAAAUAAUAUAUGAAAAGCAAGCGAUAAACCACACACAAACCGAACGAAGAAAAAUUAAAUAAAAAAAAAAACUAUAAUAGAAAAGUUGAAAAGUAUUAACGCGAAUUAUAAUAACAUCAUCAGCGACAGCAACAACAGCAGCAACAACAGCAGCAGCAGGAACAGCAACUGCCGCUACAAAGACAACAAUAACUAAUGCAUAGGCGAGAACAGUAAAAGCAAAGUGGACGCCGGAUAUAGAAAUGCUCAUCCCAUAGUUAAUAUGUGCGUAUACAUAUACAUAUACUUACACAUAUGUACUACACACAAUCGUAUGCACAGAUGUGUGGCAUACAGAGCCGUGGAUUAGACAGGCGUUGCCGCCUUUUGCCGUUGCCAACGACAAUCAACAUCAACAUCAACAUAAACAUCUAGAGAAUUCGUCAUACGCACUGUGGGACACGACACAAACAAAUGCAUUACUUGAUUAAGAGAUUUAUGAUUUUGUAUCCCCAUCAUCACCACCACAACCACAACAACAACAACAACAACAACAACAACUACUACUACUACAAAUACAACUAUAAGAACAAGAAUAAGCACCAACAAGAACAAGAACACCAGAAUAUCAACUGCGGCAAGUGUGACGAUGGCUGCUAUAAAUACGGUACCCAAAAGUAUACACCUGCCUUUGACGAGUCUUAGCGCGCCGCGCGUGUUGAUGUGCAGUGCGUCUGUUGGCACUGAGAGUUCUGUGACUCUGCAAUUGAGAGAUGGCAACGCGCGUGCUAGUGUGAGUACAAAUGUGGAUGCCUUGGAGCUAGCGAGCAGUAGGCCAGAGGCGACAGCAACAGCAACAGAAACAGCAGCAACAACAAACCCAACGAAAACAAAGACAAGUGCAACAGUAGCAACACCGUCAUCGUCGAGCGUCACAGUACUUGAGGCGUCAUCAGCUUCAGCGUCGGUAUUAGAAAAUGCAUUGACCAUUGGCUAUCCGGAUCCGGACAUGUUAGCAGAUGUUUUGGGCACCAUACAGACAGCCUCUCUCAAAAAUAGGCUUGGUAACAGCAACAACAGCAACAACAACAACAACAACAACGACAGCUGCAAAAAAAGUAGCAACAAAAAUACCGCCAACAGGAAUAGUGCACCAACAAUUUUAAAUACAAACUCUGGCGCAUAUUUGAAUAAUCCAAAUAAGAUAACCAUUACGCGACGGAGUUCGAGCAACAAGAUCAACGUACAGACUGUGAGCGCUGCAACAAACACAACCAUCAGCAGUAUAAGCGGCAGUAAGACCAACUACAUUAAGAACUGUCUUAUACGCAGCAGCAGCUGUAGCAACACUGCCACCAAUGUCACGACGCUGGCGCAGAUUAUGAGCAACAGCAGCACAAGCAGCGCAGCCAGUUUACUUAGUCAACAUAACAAUAAUAGCAAUUGUAGCAACAGCAGUAACUUUAGCAACGCCUCCUCAGUGGGCAGCAGCAUAAGCGUUGGCAGUGUCAGUAGCAGCACUUCCACCAACAGCAACAGCAACAGCAACAGCAAUAGUAAUAGCAACGACAGCAGCAGUGGACACAGCGGACACAGUUCGAGUUUCAAAAGCAACAGUCGAAAUGUUCCUGGCAUAGUCACAGCUGCAGCAUCCACGAACACUACAGCAACUGGCAUUGGCAUUGUAACAGUCGACACUGCGCCUCGAAAGAGCCGCCCCAAACUAUCUUCGCCGACAAGACACGGACCGCAGCAGUGCCAGAUUUGUAGCAAGAUCUUUGGAAAUGCCUCGGCACUGGCUAAGCAUAAACUGACGCACAGCGACGAGAGGAAAUAUAUUUGUUCGCUCUGCUCGAAGGCAUUCAAGCGGCAAGAUCACUUAAACGGACACAUGAUGACGCAUCGCAACAAGAAGCCUUACGAAUGUAAGGCGGAUGGCUGUGGCAAAUCAUAUUGUGAUGCACGCUCUCUGCGGCGCCAUUCGGAAAAUCAUCACGGAGGCGUCACAGCGCAAGCCAACAACACGCUUUCAGCAACAUCAGCAGGCGCAAUUUGCAGUGGUCAGAUGAGUGGCCAAAUUAGUAGCAGCAGCAGCAGUUGCAGUAGCACUGCCAGCAGCAACGGCAAUGCGGUCACCAACUCUUUGAGUCUCUCCCCGGCAACGGCUAGCGGGGAUGCCAGCUCACCGGAUGGGGCCACGUGCAUACGCACUUAUAUCUCUACUGGCAGCACUGUGGUGGAUGCGGCCACAGGAAUAGCGUUGUCCGAUGAGCAAAUCAAGGCUAUGAAUCUGCCAAUUAAAACGGGAGUUACAUUGCUUUCGCCAACAACAUCAGUCUCCUCCAAUGUAUCCUCCACCGCAUCUUCGUCCGGUUGUUCAUCGGGCGGCAGCAACAGCAAUGUCAGUGUCAACAUUAGCAGCAGCGGUAGUGUUAGCGCCAGCGUCAGCGGCAAAACUAGCAGCAACACAACAACAGUCGCGGCCAGUUCACCUACCAUUAUGCUCAGUGAUGGCACCAUGCUUGAGGGCGAGGGACUAACACGGGAGCAGCUCGAUCUAAUUAGCAAGAUCAUGCAGCAGACAAAGCAAACCAGCGCCCAAGUCACAGUCUCGUCUCCUACCAGUGUCAGCUCCUACAAGAUUAAUACAGAGACCACCCCGAUACAGACUCGACCACGGACUUGGAACAUGCAAUUGCUCAACAAUGCCCAGAAUGUGACAGUCACGGUUGAGGAUGGCACUGAUCUAAUUACCACUGCCGGUAGCUCCAGCGCUUGCUCCGGGUCUCCUGAGGACGUCAAGGAGGAUGAUCUAAACCAACAGAUUGUGGCUGCCAUUAAUCCGCACCUGCUAAACAUUGUGAAGAUUGACAAGCCAGUUGAAUGCAAUCUAUGUCAUCGCAAGUUCAAGAACAUACCCGCUCUCAACGGGCACAUGCGGUUGCAUGGCGGCUACUUUAAGAAGGAUCCGGAAACAAAGCGUAGUGAGAAGAAAGAUGUCAGUGGACCACCAUUACAGACAGCCAGCAUUGGGGUGCGUGCUCUCAUUGAGGAGAAAAUCAUCAGCAAGCGGAAGGAUAUUUCUAAGGGCUCCUUCGUAGUACCUGCCCCACCCAGCAGCUCAAGCAACUGCGGUGGAGGUGGUGGUCUUGGUGUUGUUGCUGGCACUGGCGGUGUUUGUGGAGUGGCUAUUACCGGCGCAAGCAGUCAGAGCAACAGUUGUCUACGGCGGUCUGUCAGCGACGUGGAAAGCUUCCUAAAUGCGAAGAGUAGUACAAACAGCAUCAAUAAUGCAAAUUCGAGCACAACGACAGCGGUGCUGCCGGCAGCCACCACAAUUAAGAGCAGCAAUGGACUAAGUAUCCAGCAAAUUGAUUUGCCUCAGAGCAUUGAGAUCUUCAGCGGGGGCCAAAGGCAGCCGAAGACUCUCAGCUUGGGCAGCGGUGCCAAUACCAUUACCAUAACCACCAACAAUGUGCCUACCACGACCACAAUGAGCGCUCUGACGGCUCUGAAGGGCGGCAGUAAUCUAAGUGGCGGCGUUGCUAACCACGCGGAUCCCAAGGACUCGACGCUGAUUGAGUUGCUCAAGCGGGGCACUCGUAUUGCAGUGACCUCCAAGAAGACUCAGUUUCAGUCACAAACCAGUACAAAUAUGCUCCUUAGCAAUGUGGCCGGCACGGAGUUGACAACCAUUGGUAGUAGUGUUCAAACCGGUCGUCAGAUUAUUACUAACAAAAAUCGUACAGUGAUCAUACCUUCGGAUGUUCACGUUGUAUCCACAAAGAGUAAGGUGAUUCCGAGCAGCUCCAGUAGUUGUAGUGGCGCCAGUAACUCUACCAACGUCAUCAACAGCAGCAGUAAUGCGUGCUCCACAAGUAGCAUCUCCUUCUCGGACGGCACGCCGCUCUCCCUGUCGAUAGCACCGAACCAAGAGAGCAUUACAUCUCUGGGCGAUUCGAGCAGCAUCACAAGCAGGGGAGGUGGUGUCUAUACGGUGACAUAUACCAGCGAUGCGGAUGCAUCGGAUCUUUUCGAUGAUGGCGAGGUGUACAAUGUUUCGGAUACGGAGAUGUUACUGCAAACUGUGGACACCAUGGAAUUACUGAAUGAAGAUGAGGACGAUCCACAAACAAACACAAACGAACAUUCCGAUAACUUUGCCCUGCUGAGUGAGACUACCGACGCCGAUCACGCAGGGCAUGCCCACCAGCUGGUGAAGUUGGAGCCAGAGACUGGUCAGAGCACACAAGUGAAGCACACCACUCCGCUGCCAACUUUCCAGCAAUUCCAUUCCAAAGAGCUGAUCAUGCAGAACAGCUCACAAAUCCAAGCUAUUGCCAACAUGCGGGGCAAUAGUGGCACUCUCGGAGUGCUUGCGUCACCCCUGCAUUCACCCCUUGCCUAUCCGACGCCGCCAUCUAGCCAUGAAAAUGUAGCACAAUCCUCUCCAUUCAUCGAGGAUGCCGCAGCCCAGUUUGUGGACGCCACACACAGCUUCUUUGGGGAUAAGACAGACUUCUCCCAUGUGUAUUUCAAAACAGACGAGAGCCAGUCCCUGCAUCAUGCCGAGCUGAGUGACAACGAUAAUGAGAAAAUACUUAAAUUAAAAUCUGUUCUGGAAGAGAGCAGCUUCGAUCCGUCUAUCAAGGUGGAAGAUCUUUUAAAUAACACUGAGGACGAUGCCGAAUGCGAUUUGCACGAGUUUGCCGAGACAAAUCUCUCGUUUCUCGACGAGGAUCAGGAGUUCCUCAACGAUUCGCGUAAUGCCACUUCUCCGUUAUCCGAGUCAUUUUUCACCAGCGGCAUUGGUUCUGCAGAGGAUGUUAAGCAAGUGCUUCGGGAGGUGCUUCCCGAUGAGAAUAUGCAGUUGCAUUUGAGCAGCGAGCAGCAGGGAGAGAAUAUCAUUGAUCUCUACUAUUUGCCAGGCUUGGGGCUGCAAUCGCAAAUGAUGCCCAACUCCGAUGAUCCUUUGCUCUCAUCCUCGCCGCGUGAAUUCGGCCAACAGCGACAGAUAGCUUUUCAAGGUUCAUCGUCCACAACAGUUACUGUGCAAGCUGCAGAGCCAUUGCAAGCAACAACUAUGCUUUACGAGCAAACGCCGUCUGAUCAUCAGCAACAACGCCAGCAGCAAGAGCAACAGCGACAAGAUCAACAGAUGGAACAGAUUUUGCCACAACAGGCUGUCAUUCAAUCGGAUCAGAUGCAGUCGCAGCAGCAGCCGCAGCAACAGCAACAGCAGUCAGAAUUUAUGCUACCCGCUUUCAAUCAGGUGGCGUGCCACACAACCUAUCUAGAUGCUACUCAGCCGACAAUACCAAUGACGUUGCAGCCAUUGAAUAGCUUGUUGCAGCCAUUGAUUUAUAGUAACAUUUCUGGAGAAAAGCAAGAAUUUAAUAUGCCGCUCAAUAGCCGGACAGGGGGACAUGAAACAGUCCUCGAUGCAAGUCUUCUUUUCGGCUGCGUGGAUGGCGAUGGUAAUAAGCCUGUUAAUGCCACAGACACAGUCACAAGCUUACCUGCAGUUGUUCCUAGUUCAGUGAGUGCAGUCUCAGCUGCUGGAAGCAUCUCUAAUCUGCAGCCAUUGUCAAAUCAAACAAACUCGAUACUGAAAAGACGACUACGCUCCAAUGGAGCCCAAGAUAUGCACAAACUGUCGAAAUUUCAUACACUCUCGCCGCAUCGCUCGAAGCUACGCAAACCCUCUCGCACUCAUUAUACUCCGGCCCCCAUACUAAAUCCUGAUCGCAAAGGCACCGGACUCUACUGCAAUGUACGCAAGCAACUCGGUCAGGGAAUAUUUGAUAAUUUCGAUGAUGACUUUGGUGAUCCAGUGGGCUUGGUCGAUUUCUCGGACGAGUCCAAGGUAAAUCUCGGCUCGACGUACCAAGCACAGAUACCUGCUUGGAAACCACCUGAAGAGUUUAUGAAGGAGCCAUCAACGAGCUGCGGAGCAGACUUGAUGUGGGAUCCCAACGUACAACUUGACGAUAAGAUACUUAUGCGCUAUAUCGACCUGAGCAAAUCAUCGGCAGUCCCUAUGGGCAGUCAUUCGGAGGAAAUGGCUCUGCAAACACUGCUCGAUGCCAAAGGCAACUCUGCGGCGGCAGUUCUAACCCUGCUUCAAAUGCAGUCCAGUGCAUUUCAAAUGAAAUGGACUGCCUUCGAGCUGGAGCAAUUUCUCCGUGGUCUUGAGAAGCAUGGCAAAGAUUUUGCCAAAAUCACCAGUGAGCUAUGCACCAAGACUUCGGGUGAGUGUGUACAAAUGUAUUAUUUCUGGAAGAAACUUUGUGUGGACUACAAGGUAUCGCACCUGAAAAUGGAGCCAGUCGUAACUAGCAAUCAUGCUGUGGAACAGAAACCCUACGUCUGUGAGAUUGCCGCCUGCUCUGCGAGCUUUAGCUCGAAAGCGGCUCUGCAUGGCCACGUCCGAAUACACGCUUAUGGUAGAAAUGCCAGCAACAGCAACAGCAACAACAACAACCACAACAACCACAACAGUAACAAUCAGCAUGCAACGGCAAUUAAUGCCAACAAUAACAACAAUAACGGCAAUAGCAACAACAAUCAUAGUACAAGCAACAGCAUCAGUAUACACAGCAGUAAUCCAUGCACCACCCAGACCAGCAGUAUUAUUGCAAUAACAACGACAGCGAUAACAAACACCAAUAAUGGCAUGGCCGUCGUAAGCAACAAUAGUAACAACAACAAUUCAUUGUUAGCUGGCAGCUCAUCCCUAAAUUCUACGCUUUUGCUAACGGCAGCACCAAAAACAUUGCCAGCAACGAAAGAUUGCAGCAACAGCAACAACAGCAGCAACGGCAACGGCACCUCGAAUAUUGCCAAGGAUAGCGAAUUCCCCUGCAAGGUGUGCGGCAAGGUCUUCAAUAAGGUUAAGAGUCGCAGCGCCCAUAUGAAAACUCACCGAGUGCAGGAAGCGGAACACUCAACCAAUUCGAAACAGCAAUCGCCCUCCAAUGGAAAUCUUCCUGCGAUUAUCGCUGUCUCUGCGGCAUCCUCAUCAGUAUUGGUAAUGGCCUCAACAUCAUCAUAGACACGGAGCAACCGGGCCAAAACAUUGAUUGACAAUCGCAUUACCCCUUUUAGGAUUUAAUCUAAACCUUUAAAGUCUAAAUAAAAUCUUUAGUUCAGAAAUUAAUAAUCGAACUUAAAUAAUCCAAUAUGUAUAAUAAGCUCGAGUUCAUUAUGUAUGACAUUUAGCCAUUAGUAGAAAUUUUAUCAAACAUAUUUUGCAUAUGUUUUUAAACACAUUCUCCUAUCUGUCUUACUAUAUACAUAGCUAUUUGGAUAUCAGACGUAUCUAAUUAUCGACCCAACUCUAAUCCUUAACUUGAACAUUUAUUGUAGAACACUUUGAAGACAAGUUCAAAAUGGAUUGUUACUAACUUUUGUAGAUAAAUGCAAUAUUUGUGUUAAAUAUAUAAGAAUGUACCUACCAUAUUUUUAAAGUAGGCGUUUUCUCUUGACUCUUGACUCUCGACUCGACGACUGUAGUUUUAACUCGAAUCCCAGUUAAGUACACAAUAAUAUAAAAUAAUUUAAUAGCACGUAUGUACUGUUAAUUACACGUUUUCAACACACACAUCGUGCAGAUACUUUACUAUUAGUAGUGAAAUACAUGUUUAGCAAGUAAGAUUGAUCUGGUCAUAUAAAUUUAUGCACUAAUGUGGACAUCAACCAAUACUGUACUCGUAUUGGCGCAGCUCGUGUUCAUGGCGCGUGCGAAUUGCGAUGAAUCUCAAAGAGAUACCCUAUGAUAU